CCUGCCUGCCUGCCUGCCUGCCUGCCUGCCCGCCUCGAAACAGUGCGACGACGCCACGUGUCCUGAAGCGCGCGGGGCACGUCGAGCCAGAGCGAGCGGCCUUCUCCUGCAGCUGGGUCCCGUUUCCCAGGCCUUCUCCCGCUUUAAGCUCACGCAGGCCGUCCUGAGCUACCGCUCGGCCUACAAGCAGGCGAAGUGCUUCCCGGCGGGGUUCGGGCUAUGAGCGACGCGACGCCUUCCCUCGGAGCGCCAGCUCCAGCAUCAUAUACCUGCAUCACUUGCCGAGUAACUAUCAAGGAUGCGGAUGUUCAGCGAGCCCACUAUAAGACUGACUGGCACAGGUAUAACCUAAAGAGAAAAGUCGCUGAGAUGCCCCCUGUCACUGCUGAGAACUUUCAAGAAAGAGUACUAGCCCAAAGAGCAGGACUGGAAGAACAGAAUAAGGCCACUGCAACUUAUUGUGUGGCUUGCAGCAAGAGAUUUUCCAAUUUCAACGCCUAUGCGAACCACCUGAAAUCCAGGAAACAUUUGGAGCUUGAGAAGAAAGCGGUCCAAGCUAUCAGCAAGAAAGUGGAACUCUUGAAUGAGAAGAAUUUAGAGAAGGGCCUUGCUCAAGAGAACGUUGACAAAGAUGCUAUGAACACUGCUAUCCAGCAAGCCGUCAAAGCUCAGCCAUCCUCAUCUCCAAAGAAGGUUGCCCUGUCUGCAGAUGCCAUUGGUUCUUCUUCCAUGGAAGAAAGUAGCAGUUCUCUUCAGAGAAAAGACCACAUGGAAAGGCCACCUCGAUUACACUGGUUUGAGCAACAGGCUAAGAGGCUGACACAACAGCAGUCUGACGAUGAAGGAAAGGAGGAAGAUAUGGAGGAAGAAGGUUGGGAGGAUAUAGACUCAGAUGAAAACAUAGAGUCUGAAGAAGAGGUAGAGGAAAACCCAGAUGAAGCAGAAAGCAGUGUACCUGAGAAUGAUGGGGCUGAACCUGAGGCAAUUCCUAUAACAAACUGCUUAUUCUGUUCUCACCAUUCAAGUUGUUUCAUGAAGAAUGUGGCCCACAUGACAAAAGCCCAUAGUUUUUUCAUUCCAGACAUAGAAUAUCUUGUAGAUUUCAGAGGAUUGAUCAAGUAUUUGGGAGAGAAGAUUGGGGUUGGGAAGAUCUGUCUGUGGUGCAAUGAGAAGGGGAAGUCCUUCUACACAACUAAAGCUGUACAGGCACAUAUGAAUGACAAAAGCCAUUGCAAGCUCUUCAUUGAGGGAGAUGCUGCUUUGGAAUUUGCAGACUUCUAUGAUUUCAGGAGCAGUUAUCCUGAUUACCAAGAAGGGGAGGAUGUAGAGAUGUCUGAACAACUGCCAUCAGAAAAGAAAUUGGACUAUGAUGAUGAAACUAUGGAACUGAUUUUACCUUCAGGUGCCAGGAUUGGUCACCGUUCCUUGAUGAGAUAUUACAAGCAGCGAUUUGGUUCUUCACGAGCAGUAGCGGUUUCCAGAAAUAAACAGACAGUGGGCAGAGUGCUGCAACAAUAUAAAGCCCUUGGUUGGACAAGCAACUCAGGAGCAGCUCUGGCUCGUGAACAUGACAUGCAGUACCUUCAAAGGAUGAAAGCAAAAUGGAUGCUGAAAACUAGUAUGCAAAAUAACAUUACAAAGCAGAUGCAUUUUCGCUCACAAGUCCAGUUCUAAGAACAUAAUCAUAAUAUUCAGUAUUGGAGUAGUGAUGCCGCAAACGUAUGGCUGAUGACUUACCAGUGGUUGCAUCUAGGCUGCUAUUUCAAAUAUUUCAGUUGAAUGUUGUCAAUCAGACUUGCUCAAUAAAGCAUAUGCAUAAAAUGUA